GAUUCAGUCAAUGGAUUUCACAAACAUGAGGAACUUGCUGGUGGUCUACUGCCUCUUUGGGGCUACAGCUUUAGUGUCUGGACACGGCGGCCGCAUCGUGAGCGGCGAGCCGGCGGAGGACCACGAGUUCCCGGCGCUGGCGUCGCUGCACGUGAACGGCAGCCACUACUGCGGCGCCAACGUCCUCAAUGAGCGCUGGCUGCUCACCGCCGCACACUGCGUCAUAGCCAGUGGGUGGUCUCAGCAGACCAUACUGGCCGGCACCAACUCCCAGACCAGUGGAGGCUCCGUCCACCAGGUGGAACAGGUCAUCAUACACGAGAACUACACUGGCAUGCCGGUCUUUUUUGCAGAUAUAGCACUGAUCAGGGUGUCACCGCCGCUGCCCCUGGACGGUGUGACCGUCUCCACAGUGGGACUUCCCACGCAGGGCCAGGAGACAGAGGACAGAGCUGCCGGUGUAGCCGCUGGCUGGGGGUACCUCUCGAGUGACUACGGGAACGAAACGCUGGCUCCAUGGCUGCAGAAACUCUACGUUAUCGUUAUCAACAACGAAGAAUGUCAGAAGGACUACAGAUUCAACAUUAUCUUGCCAGAACACAUUUGUGCAGGAAAUCCGCAGCCUCGGCAUGGAGUGUGCGGGGGUGACUCUGGCGGUCCUCUGUACGUGGACGGGCUGCUGGUGGGCACCGUGGACUUCAGCCAGUACUGUGGCGGCAUCACACCGCCCAGCGUCUUCACAAGGGUCGCUUCCUUCGUGGACUGGAUACAUAACAACAUCCAGUAGGUCUGGUGAUGUCAGGGGAACAGUGAAUCAUGAUCAGCGUUAAAAGUCUCAAGGUUUCCUUUAUUUUCUCCUCAAUUAAAAAACCUAGUUUGAAAAUGCAUUAUGUUGCACUAUAACACCUUUGACGAAAUUGUUUCAUUACAUGGUAACAGUAGCCACACAGUUUUCGAAAAUAUCUGCUGACUGGCACUCAUAUAAAUUACUUUCGUUAAACCUCAGUUAUUUUACUGUCUAUGGUCGAUUUAAAUAGGGAGGAAAGAUUUCGUAAGUAACACUUGGGAUCAAAAAAAUAUAACUUUCACUCUUGAACACACUUAAGGAGCUUGAAAUUUUUAUUCACCAAAAAAAUAAUUCUUCAAGUCUUUGAAAUGAACAGUUGGUGUUU